AUGAAGCGGAAAAGGGGCCGCGGGGUGCCCGGGGGGUACCCGGGGGUGUCCCACAGCUUUGCCGUCUCUUUUUUUUUUCUCUUCCAGUUCCUGCCCCGGCACCAGCAGCUGAGCGAGAGGGUGCGCAAGCGGCUCUACUAUGGCUGGGAUAAGGACUGCGGCCUGGACAACCUCUCUAGCCCCGUGGCGGAUAUCGCUGUGGAGCUGCUGCAGAAAGUGGCUCCCAGCCCUAUCCGCAGACUCCAGAAGAAAUACGUGUCUCACGUGUCUCGGGAAGCUUGCAUCUCGCCCUGCUCCAUGAUGCUGGCACUGGUUUAUAUUGAGAGACUCCGGCACCGGAACCCUGAGUACCUCCAGCAGAUCUCAUCUUCAGACCUCUUCCUGAUCUCCAUGAUGGUUGCCAGUAAGUACCUGUACGACGAGGGCGAGGAGGAGGAGGUGUUCAACGACGAGUGGGGAGCAGCAGGGAAGGUGGACGUCCAGACCAUGAACACGCUGGAGAUGAACUUCCUGAGUGCCAUCGACUGGAGCCUCUACACAGACCCCCGGGAGCUGUUUGAAGUGCUGAGCUGGCUGGAAGGACGCGUGGCAGAGAAGCAGGGCAUGUGGCGCGGCUGGUUCACCUACACGGACCUGUGCGUCCUCAUGGAGCAGUCCGUGUGGCAGCAAGCGUUGGGCCAGUUCUACCAGCGAGUGGUGAAGCUGGCCUGCCUCCUGGGCGUGGUGUACCUGACCGGCUUCGCGGCUCUCUUCGCCUCCGUCGCCGUGGUGCACCGGGCUGUGUGCACGAGGAGCGCCAGCCCCGCAGCCCUCCGCCCCGCGGUGUUCCCCGUGGGGGGCGGCUGCCAGCUGGGCGCCCGGCCGGCCCCGAACCCCGAGCAGGAGCAGCCCCGGCCCCAGCUGCCCGACGACGUCCCCCCAGGCGGUGGCAGCAGCAGCAGCACCCGCUGCCUGGGGGAGAACGAGACGGCCGAGCAGCCGCGGCGCGGCGGUGUCACGGCCACCGCGCUCUACCUGUGGGGCAGCGUGAUGACAGCUCUGUCCUACACGAAAGCACCCGACCUAGCCCCGCACCGGAGCCCUCCGCAAGCCCCCCUUCGGAAAGUACCCAGUGCCUGUGAGAGAUCCAACCGUACCGCCCCUGCCGCAGCCCCCCGCCGGCCCGGCCCCUUCGGACUUGACGCGCUGCCGGCCCCUCCGGCGCUGCACUGCCACAGCUGCUCGGCUGCUGCGGGCCCUGCGUGGGCUGCAGCCCCCAACCGCGAGGACUGGCUGGACCCCCUGGGGCUGAGGCAGUGCUCCUUGCACACAGCCCUGGAUCUCGGCAGAAUCAAGAGCUUUAUUUUUCCCAGCUAGGAGCGCAGGGCGGCCCCUCUCCCCUUCCCUCCUAGCGUGGCACAACUCACUUCCUUGCACUUCUGGGAUCCCUGAUCCCUGGGGCUGCGCGGGGCUCGCGUCCCCGCCUUAAUUCCAAACCAGCAUUCGUGUGUCCCCCACCCAGGGCAGGGACGUCCUUCACUUAGGGUGCUGCAGAGCUUUGGGGCUGUUGGGACAGGAUGGGGCGGAGUUGGGGUGCUGGAGGGUAGCAGCGGGGUGCCCUUGGGCUAGGAUGUGGUGAGGGGGCAUCGUUACCUCUUCCCAUAGCAGGUGGGAGGCCCUCAGUGCAGGGCAGAGGUUGGUGUGUGGCAUGUAGGAUGCUGGGGCUGUGUUUGUGGGGUGCAGGGGUCAGGGCGGUGACCCCAGUGAGGGCACGGAGCGCUCUGGGAGGAGGUGAGGGGAGAGGAGGCAGAAGGAGGGGGAAGAGAGCAGCCCUACACCAAGCUGCUCCU